GCCUUCCAGAGCCUAUAAGACUACCAAUGUUAGCGUCCUGCCAUAAACAUCCCGCUUUCCUAUUCAUCGACCAUACACCUAAAUCUCGGCGUAUCGCCAUAAAGAAAUCCUCUAUAUGAUUAAGCUCUGAGAUGGAAACUAUCAUAGACUUUCGAUCUUGAUGUACCUCAUACCCGCCGCGCCGCCGCCGCCGCCACCGCUGUGUAGGUAGAUCUCUAUCGCCGACGAGUUGUGGCCUGCUAUUUAGAAAUUUCUAAUGGCUCAAGAGAAGGGGAAAAAUAUUGUUACAGGUAUUCUCUUAUCCAUGGAAAUUUUACAUUGGUUUGGGUUGAGAAUUUUCAGAUUUGUGAAAUAUUGAGGUCAAACCCUUUUCUCGAGAAACCCUAAUCGACUAACACCGGCCCUUCUUAUUUCGGCCCAGCGCCACCGAUGAAUUCCCCGCCCAGGUCGUUUCCAAUUCCAUUCCGGAAGCACUACGGCUGUGACGGCGACGGCUGCGCCUCCGAUCCGGAUACCUGGCCUCUGCACCGCGUGCUACGCCGUGGCGUGCCCUGCCGCCUCUGCAGCUCCUGUCUCAUCCUCUCCCACCGCUCGUUGUACUGCUGCCGCUGCUUCUACCUCGUAACCUCGCCGUCGUACGACUUCGACGAUCGCGACGUGCUCCUGGCCCCUCCAGCACCAACCGUCACCUGUCAGGUUUGCCGCGAAGCCGUGGCGCACCUCCCGUGCCUCUACAAGGAGCCCGCCGACGACGACGGCGCCUUCGUCUGCCCUCCCUGCACCGCGGCCCAGAACGGAUGGCCCUUCACCUACGCGCCGUCCUGCAGGAAGCAGAUCGACGAGUGCGGCGCGAGGGUCCUCCUCCUGGCGUCGCGCAUGGCGCUGGCUUUGCUGCAGCGGCACGCGACCGCGACGCGCGCAGCCGCGGAGCGGCUGGCCUGGGAGGCGGCGGAGGCUCGGACGAGGGCGAAUGACGCUCUUGGCGUGGCCAACGACAUCGCUAUGAAGGAAGAUCCUUCCUGGGUCGUGCCGCAAUCCCCCGAGAAUGACCUACCACUACCAGCGUCUGAAGAAGAAGAAGAAGAAGAAGAAGAAGAAGAAGACGACGACGACGACGACGAGGCUGAGGCGAACGUGGGGAACGUGAUGCUGGUGCGGCGCAACGAGAUGCCAUCGCUGGCCACGCUAACCAUCGGCACGGCGAGCAGUGUUGCGCCGAUGGCUCUCGCCGUGGCCAAGCACACGCCUCCGUCGUCGUCACAAUCAAAGCCGCUUUUCGACCUCAAUGAGAAUACGGUUGAGAAUGACCUCAAUGACAACGCUGCUGAGAAUGAGGCAGAGGCUGUCCAGGCUGAGCCCACCCCACAUCGGGCGCCUAACUCUUUCAACGUGAAGGAGGUGGCGAUUAACUCCUUCAACACGAAGGAACUGGCAAUGGCUGCUGCGGAAGCAGCCAGGGCACCGCUGACGCUGCAGCUGUUCCCGAGCGGCAAGGCAAGCUCCAGUACCAAGAUGCCGUGUACCAAGAAGCCGCGUACCAAGAGGCCGCGGACGCUGCAACUCUUCAAAAAUGGUGAGAAGAAGAUGUAAGAAUGCUUUAUGAUCGAGCUUCAUGCUGCCAAACUGAUGAAGUGCUGUUGUUGUGAGGUGUUUUGUUCUAUACUUGAUCUGAACUUCCUAAGCUUUUGAGCCGCCAGUGAUUUCAGGUGGGGGGCAUUUAUGCUACUUGCGUGCCCCAUAAUUGAAUUUCAGACCAGUUCUUGUUGAAUUGUUAGCUUAUGUGACAUGUAUCGUCUCUUACAUUACAGCUUGGUUUGCACUUUGUGCAUACCAAUGUAUCAUGCUAUUUGCAGUUACAUGUAUGAUGCUUGAUGUAUCGUCUCUUAA